AUGCUGAUUCCCUCUCAUUCUUCGCAAUCAACCUCCUCCAUCCACAAACGCGACCAUCACUUGGUCUCAGCCACACUCCGCUCUUCGUUGACGCACAAGCCUGCUUGGACUCUUGAGAGCUUUAUUCCCCAGCAUGAACAACAACAACAACAACAACAGCAACAAACACCACUCCACAGGAACGACGGUCUCGGUAUCAACAACACUACCAGCUACUACGGCAACUACUACUACAACGUUUACCCCCACUACUACAACAGCUACUCCUACAACGAGUACCCCCGCUACUACUUUUACCCUGCUGCCUCAACACAGACGACACCCCCUGCUUCAACCACCAGACAGACGACAACUCCUGACACCACCACCACCGCCACUACAGAACCAACGACCCCCCGCUCUUUCGCCGCGUCACUCAAGUCGAGCCCGUCCUACUACCGCCUCUUCCCUGAAGAGCAGCAGCAGGUGUGGGGUCAAGCCUGCGAGUACCAGACGGCGUUUAGUUACAACCGUCCUCACUCCUACCACGCUACCAAGAACUUUCCCAAGUACAACUCCUUUCCGUCGUCGAAUACGUCUAGUGUUGUCAACCAGGCACCCUUUACUCAGGAGCAACAACAACCCCGAGAUUAUGAGAUACAGAGCAAUAACAACCACUGGUGCACCAUCGUAGAGACCAAGACACCUCACUCGUCUCCAAGCACAUAUGAUUUUCUCGGUUCCGUCUACAACUACGAGAGUGCUCACUCUCAGAAGGCACAUGCAUUGCGAGGUCAGGACAGCGGGAACCAGACGGCACUCGGCCAGAGUCGCCAUCUGGACACCACGGAUCGUGCCAGGAAGCAGGCCAACCCAGAGUCACAAGAUUCCCACUGGAUUCCCGAGAAUUCAAUCCUUGAACCACAACAGCAUCAGCCGCAUGGACAUGGAACAGUGUACAAAACGACCCUAGGAUACAACUACUAUGCAACCCUAGAAACGACGCCGCCUCGCUCAUCUAUGGGGACACACAAGUCCCACAGCUCGGCAUACCAGAGUACAGCUUACUCUCAGCAGACACACGCGUCACAAGGCCACGAGAGCGGGUACAAGACGGCAUUCAGCUACGACCUUGAUCAUCACGCUGCCUUGAACCAGAGAGGAUACCAUGCCUAUCCAGAGUCGCAUGAGCCUCAAUGGACCUACGCCGGCCACUUCCCUCAGCAGCAGCAGCAGCGGCAGGAACAACAGCAGAGAUCACUACUCUACAGCAACGACGGAGCCAGUGCCGAGCACAACCCCACCUCUUCCUUCAAUAACAGUCAGUACCAGAGCUACUACCACGCCAAUGGAACAAGCAUGCCACAUUCGUUGGCAGACGCACGCGAGUUCAACUCAAUCCAAUCGAGUCGCUCCCUUCAGCAGCAACAGCAGCAUCCACCCUACGGCAACAGCACUGAGCUCGACUCAACCCUCAACAGCUACCACUACCGCUCAUCCUUGAACCCUGCCGAGUACCGCUCUCUUAUCAUAGCGCACGGUACCGGCAUUACUCAUCAAGGCAGCUUCUCCGAGCAGCAGCAGCAACAGCAGCAGUAA